UCUUUGUCUGUCUUUGUGUGUCUUGUCUUUUUGCCAUUUCGUUCGCUACAUCUGGCGCCCAACGCGAGGAAAGAAACGGAGGGCAAAUGAAACCGAAAGGAGACUGUCAAAGAUGUCAACUCAAGGCCAUACUUGGGCCCGACAGGUGAAGAAGGAGGAUGAGGAAGAGGACCCACUGGACCAGCUGAUUUCCCGCUCUGGCUGUGCUGCUUCCCACUAUGCCGUACAGGAGUGCAUGGCCCAACACCAGGACUGGCGCCAGUGUCAGUCACAGGUACAGGCCUUCAGGGACUGCAUGAGUGAACAUCAGGCAAGGCGGCGAGAGGAGCUGCAGAGGAGGAAAGACCAAAGCAGUGCCCACCACUGAAACCCCAAACCACGUAUCCCCAGAGGAUGGCCCUGGAGAAACUAGCACCCAGAGAUCAUAAGAAGAAGUGCUGAACAGUGGAAGUAUGGGCUGAGAGGUAUAAAACUUGAGGAUUGUCUUUGGCCAAGACUGAAAUUGAGAUCCAGACAGCCAUGGUUUGGACAUGAUUGCUGUAAAGACCUGUCAUAUUUUCAUGGUGCAAUCCCACACAUCCUCACCUAUCAUGUUACACCAAUAUUAAAUAUUGACUGAUAUUUGCCAAGUAAAACAAAGAGUGGCAUUAAGGGAUGCUUUCCUACCCUACAUCUUGGGUCAGUGUGCCAGGUACUGAGCCGAUUACAUGGAUGUUUAAUUUUAAAAGUAAAUUUGCAGUCUAAAUGUAAUUUGGUUACCUAAUUGGGUCUUCAUUUACUCCAUAAAGUAAUUGGUUCAACACAGCAAGUUUUUCUGAAACCUUCUCCUGUGCCAGUUACUGUGUGAAUGAAUAAUAUGAUCUGAUGUCAUGAAUAAUAGGAUGUUUUCUUUCAUGUUUCUUAGUCUCGUUUGAGAGAGAGAGAGAAAUAAAUAAAACAACAUUAGAACAACUAAUUACUGGCCAUUAUAUAAGUGCCUUUAUCUUUCAUUAGUUGUUCUGAUGUUUCAUUCCAUCUAAUGGAAGGAAGAAAACAAAUGGGAAAAUAAACGAGUGCUUCUUAUGUACCAGACGGAUGCAGUCUGACCUCAGCAUGCUUCCAACCCAAGAAACACACAAUGUUGGCCUGACAUUUAAAAGGUGCAUUUAACAUAAAAUACAGAUUUUCAGCUUUUAAAAACUGAAAAGCUGUCAACAUGGAGCUUAUAUUCCUACUUGACAGUAAUUUGCUGGAGUUGAAUAAGGAUGCCUCUUUUAGGUGGUUAUAUUCUCCAGUUGGUAACAGUUGCCUUGCUUUUCAUUUCCUUCCAUGAAACUACAUUCCCCAUUCUGUUACUUUCUGCCUAGCUCUGUAAGGAAUUUGGGAAUGGGAAGGGAGUUGGAAGAGUGACUUGCCAUAGAAGCUGGAAUGCAAAGGGACAUCUGCUCUAUCAUUAUCAGUAAUAUUUCUUGAGCAUCUAUGUAUUAGAAGCACAAAUCUUAAGUAUGGUAGCCCUAAAACUACUUUGUUUGUGUUGGUGACUGGGGAGGAAAAGAGAGAAGAGAGGAGAAGAUAUGAGAAGUACCAGUUUAAAGAACAAUAAAAUCCAAUCAGACAGUGGGACGACUGGGCAUAUAUAUAGAGAUGAAUCUCUUUGGGGCUAUGUCUGCUCCAUGCUGUGGGUCAUCAGAGCAAACUGUGGACUGCAGCUAUCAGCAAGAAUUUCAAGUUGAGGUGAACCUUUAAUGAUGAAGGAGAUGUUACCUAUUUGUAACAUAUGUAAUAGAAUACCAUGGGCAAUGAAUAAAAGGUACCUAGAAAACCUAGAAAUCGUGAGAAAAAGAAACAGCCCCAUUGAAACAUGAACAAAGUUAAAGUCGUUACUAGUUUUUUCUAUUGACAAAAAUUAAAAGUAUUUAUGUGACCAGUAUUGGCAGGGAUGAUGAACAGACACAAUCACACUUGAAGGGAUAAUAAAUUAGUAAAGCUUUUGUAAGACAGUUUGGUGCAAUCUAUAAGUACUUUAAAUAUUCCAAUAGCAGGGUACCUGCCUGGCUCAUUUGGAAGAGCAUGCAACUCUUCAUCUUAGGGUCAUGAUUUCAAGCUCCACUUUGGGUGUAGAGAUUACUUAAAAUAAAUUUUUUUAAAAAAAUUAAAAUAUUUCAAUAGCAAUUCCUUUUUUAGGAGCCCUCUUAAAUAUAUUUUUACAAGAUGUAUAUACUUUUAUGUUCAUUGCAGCAUUAUAUAGUGAAUAAAUGGUCACAAUGUAAAACUUCA